AUGGGCAGGCGCGACCCUCCCAACUCCUACGGGGUGGAGGGGUUGAAAGUGCGCGAGGGGCGGGGGUCGCUGGGAGAGGGCUGUAGCUCCCGCAUUGACCACCAGGCGGCGCUGCAGGACUGCUACUUGACGCACCUGCGACGGAGCCUUCCCACAGCUCAAGAGCGCCCCGCGGCGCUGUUCCAGGGUGGCAUUUGCCCAGGGCCCCGCAGCCCACGUGAGCCUCGGGCUCCCUCCUGCCCCGCGAUCAGCGCCAGAGGCGGCGCCGUGGCCACGGGCCCUCCGGGGGGACUGGUGCAGGGGGCUGGCCCUGGACGUGCACGGGGCCUCCCAGAGAACGUGGAGCCGGCGGCCAUCCAAGCCGUCCUGCAGCCUGUCUUCCUGCCCCAGGGCACGUUCGGGCUGAGGAGCGCCAGGGCCAUGAGGGUCGAGAAGGCCAAGGCCACCUUGAUGGAGUUUGUGGAGAACAUGAAUCAUGGCGCCAUCCCCAGGCAUCCGGGCAGGGACGGCGUCUGGAGGGUUCUGUGCAAGGAAAGCGCGUCGGACACGAGGGUCCUGAGGCAGAUGAGACGGUCGCUGCUACAUGAACUUCUCCCCUCCCCGCGAUGCGGCAGUGGCCAGGGUCUCCGGGCCACCCCUCCCGCUUUGGAGACCCAGGUCUGCGGAUCGGAGCUGGAGGUCAGGGAAGCUGACCUCGCUCCUGGUGCAGCCAAAGAUGCUAGAACAUCCGGUCAUCGAGCGCGAAACGGAACCAGAGGCAGCAGAUGGACCCAGAAGGGCAAGAAGAGGGACUGUGGAGGGCGGCCAUCCACAGCGGGAAAGCGGGAGUCCGAAGACUCUUCUGAGGAGAGUGUGGGGCUCCUGAUCCAGGAGAGGGACCCGGAGGACCUAAGCGGUGAUGAGGGUCAUAGCAUGCUGCAGGCCGCCGAGGAGGAGUUACUUAGGUAGUGGGCCCUCCAGAGCCAAGGAGAUGACGGGCAAGGUCCUCGUGAGUUCUUGGCCCUGGCAACGGUGACGGACAAAGCCAAGAAGAGGAAAGAUUUCCCCUCACCCCCACUCCCCACCCCACGCCCAGGGAGGGGUCGGCUGAUCGCCAUACUGGCAGUGGGAGACGAGUCGGAUGAGGAGACCACGGACAAGGAUGCCUCCCAAAGCGAGUCUCAGGAAAACGGGGAUCAAGAAAAAGAGAGGGUGGACAAUCCUGAGUUUGUGGCCAUUGUGGCUUACACAGACCCCUCUGCCCAGGACGAGGUGUUGAAAAUGGCUUCUGUGAUGGAGUCGCUGGUGAAGGACAAGGAAGACAAGAGACCCUGCUCGAGGUCUUGUCUGUCAUGGCCGAGGACACCUCCGAACCGCGUGAAGGUGCAGGAGGCAGGCCGCCAGGUGGCCACCGAGGUCUUGAGGAAGGCCAACGACAGCACCUGCUGGGAUGACUGCGUCUCCACCAGGCCUGAGCCCCAGACCCCCUCCAAGGGCAAGAAGGCUCCCCGGGGCCCCCUGGGGAGCUGGGGGGGGGAUGAGGAGGAAGAUGGGAGGGGGCUGCUGGAGCUCGAGGCGCUCCCGGAGACCUAGGACGUGGCUGAGGUGAUGGAGGGGGAAAAGGAAAAGGCCUGGGAGGGCGGGAGGUUGAUAUUCUCCAAAGGCCACCUGGGGGAGGUCUUGGCGCUGCAGGCCGCCCGCGGGAACCGGUAGUCGGAGGAGGCGUCGGAGGGGGCGUCGGAGGGGGUUUGGGACACAGGCUCGGAGGAGGCGUCGGAGGGCGCGGAGAGCGAGGAGUCCGAGUCCGAGGACCCGGCGGCCAGGAAGCCCCUGGCGAAGCGGGCCCGCACGGCCUGCAGGGCCCUGGGUCGAGCAGGCGCUUCAGCUCCCGCCCCGUCAGGGACCCGGCAAAGCCCGAGAGGAGGGGAGCGGCGGCCGAGGCUGGAGGGGCGCCCUCCCGAGACGAAAACCCAGGAGGAAGCGGCGGGAAGCAAGAGCAGGAAGGAGCGCGCGGGAGCCGGGACGCAGGCCGAGGCCGCCAGGGCUCAGCCGCCCGCGGCCUCCAAGUCGGCGCGUGGGAAGAAGACGGGUUGGGGCAGGAGGCUGCACCCCAUGUGCAGCUAG